AUUACUUCAUCAUCCUCCUCACUUCAUAUUCCUUCCCUUCCGAAAAAGGAAGCCAACCCAAAUCGUCAUCACCAUGAGGCAGCCAGGGAUUUACUCCGGGAUCCUAUCCGGCGGCCUGAGCGGGAGAACGGGGCCUCACGCGCUGCCACUGGCGAGGAUCAAGAAGAUCAUGAAGAAGUCCGGCGACGACGUCAAGAUGAUAUCGGGAGAGGCGCCCAUAGUUUUCGCCAAGGCCUGCGAGCUCUUCAUCGAGGAGCUCACGCGCCGCUCCUGGAUGGUCACCGUCCAAGGGAAGAGGCGGACCCUACACAAGGAGGACGUGGCGUCUGCUGUGGCCGCCACGGAGGUGUUUGACUUCCUCGUAGGGUUGGUCGCCGAUGAUGACAAUAAUAAUAGCGGCGGCGGCGGCGGCGGUGGUGGUGGUGGGAGUAAUAGUACCAACUCGUCGUCCGUUGAGAGCCCGGAAGAAGAAAUGGCGGCCGUGAUCCGGUGAUCGGCGCGGCGGCCGGAGGGGGGGUUUAAUUAAUGGAGUGUGAGAUGGAUGGGAUGUGUUAUGCCUGACUGGCUUGGUCGUAUAUGGACUGACUGGUAACUAUACAUAUAUUAAUGUCGUCGGAAGGAUACAAAGGCAAUUCUACCUUUUCUUUCUGGCUCUAAUUAUAAAUAAUUAAUUUUUUGUUUUUCCGAUGGCCAGUAAUUAUAUGUUAUUCUUGCUUCGAUUUUAUGUUUUUCAGUUUCCAUGGUCUUUAAUAUGAGAUCAUUUGAGCAUUUUCUCGGCAAUAUCCGGAAUAAUUAUUUGUAACUUGUAAGUUUACAUGCACACGCAAAAUAUGUUUCGUGUUUUGCUUUUUUCUAUAAUGCCUAUUUCCUUUUAUUUAUAUAUAUAUAGAUCGUGGUACAAAUGUAUUGACAUGAAUUCUAGAGAGUAAGUACCGACUGUUUGAAUUUUGUUAAUUGGUAACUUUAAUUUUUUAUACAGAAGAUAACGUAUAUACUUUAAAAUAAGAAUACUAAAGUCAAUGGCUAAAUUAUCGCUUAGUUAUUUAAAAAUGUAGAAUAAAAAUUUUGGAAAAUA